AUGAGUUAUCUAAAAGAAUACAAUGCCGAAUUCAACGACAGCAGCGACUCGUUAUAUUCAGGAGACACAGUAUAUGAUGAAAAGUACCAUGGGUCUAUUGAUGAUAUUCAUUUGAUGUCAGAUGAAUCCAAGAGGCUCAAGGUUGAUGAGUUUGCGAAAAAGGACUCCAUAAACCAGCAUAACCUUCUACUCAAAAUAGAUUUCCAUGUGGUUCCUCCGUUUGCUAUUGUCUUCUUCUUAGCGUACUUGAAUAGAAAUUUUGGGCUUUUGCAAAUUGAAGAAAUUUAUUCGUCCCUUGGAAUCACCCAGCUACAGUUUUUCAUGUCAUACGUUGCGUUCUUCAUUCCCUAUAUCAUUGGUCAGUUUUUUUCGAACAAUCUACUCAGGUUUAUCAAACCUCAUGGGUUGUUAUUUCUAGGGGUAUUACUCUGUGGAGCGACAAACCUUGGCACUGGUUUUGUGAAAAACUACCGGACUUUUGUCGGUUGUCAAUUUCUUCAUGGUUUAUUCCAGUCGAGUACCGAAGCCACCAUUUUCUAUAUUCUAGCCCAUUAUUAUAGUAAAAGGGAAUCAUUACCGAGAUUCUCGGCAAUUUACUCCACAAGUUGUCUUGCAGGAGUGUUUGCAACAUUCAUUGCUUAUAUUGUCGAUCUGAAAAUAGUUGAUAAGGUCAAUCUCACCGAAGGCUGGAGAUAUUUAUUGAUUAUUAUUGGGGCCUUCACUAUCGGAAUGUCAGUGAUUGUGUUUUUCACCGUCCCCGAUUUUCCAGAAGGAGCAGGCUUCUUGACGGACAAAGAAUCGGUGUUUUUAAUCAGAAAGCUUGAUAUUUAUAAUGGUAAAUCAGGUUACGAAGUCAAGUCCACUUUUGGUGAUAUUUUCAAAAUGAUAUAUGAUCCUGUGAUCUUGAUCCCAGCAUUGGCGAGCAUUGGGAUUGCCUAUGUGACUCUUGCUUAUUCAUUAUUUCAGCCAGUAUUUGUAUUGCAAGUUAUUGGUGUUAGUGUGAGUCAUUCCAAUGAAUACUCUAUUUUCCCCUGGAUCACUGCCUUUGUUUGGAGUAACCUUGGCACCUAUUUUUACAAUAAAUGGUCCAAUCGGUAUAGGUGCGGUUUUUUCUUCUUCAAUGUCGUCUUGACGAUUAUUGGAGGAAUAAUGAUGUAUUCUGUGCAGAGUAGUACGUUACCAGAUAAUUUGAAAUAUGGUGGAUGUUUCUUGUGUGCUAUGGGUGCAUUCACUGCUGCUCCUAUUCUUAUAUGCUGGUCAAGCACAAACCUUGGAGGUCACUUACGUAAAAGUGUUGGGAUUGCUUUGCAGAUCAGUUGUAGUUCCAUUGGAGGUUUGAUUGCCAUAUUUGCAUUUUAUGAUGAUGAUGAACGGUAUCAGCGUGGUUUCUUUGUUGGUUUCGCUGCAAUUAUACUUUCUGUGGUGUGUGUUGUAACUUAUUUAUUGGUUAUAAGAUGGGCUAAUAAAAGGAAAAGAACUCAGAAAUACAAGCAGGAAUUUUUCGCGAAAUCUGGAAUUCAGAAGCUCAUUCUCGGAGAUAAGAAUCCUUCCAUUGACUAUUUAUAUUAA